GGCUUUUUACAUUGCAGACUAAAAAACCUUUUUCUGUCUUCUGAAAGUAAAUCUCCAAAAAUGGCCUCGACCGCAGCAUGUGAACCUAUCGAAGAUAGUCUGAAAUUAUCCGGAAAAAAGUCUUUCGCAGGCAUUCCCGAAGCGACCUUUGUGGAAGAUGUAGACGCUUACAUGAAGGAUCGUGAAGGGGUGGAGUCAAUUUUGCGGCAACUAGACGAACAACAUGGAAAAUAUAAAUUCAUGGAGCUUAACCUUCUGGCACGCAAAAAGAAGUUGAAGAGUCAAAUUCCAGACAUCCAAAAAUCACUUGACAUGAUUCAAGUGCUGGAAGCAAAAAGGAAAACGAACGAACAAAUUGAAACUCACUUUUUACUCUCAGACCUUCUGUACUCUAGGGCAGUUAUUGAACCCACAGAUAAAGUCUGCUUGUGGCUAGGGGCUAAUGUGAUGUUGGAAUACACUUUAGAAGAUGCUAAGGCUUUGUUGGAAAAAAAUCAUGAAACAGCUAUGAAGAAUCUUGCACAAGUACAUCAUGAUCUGGACUUCCUUAGGGAUCAGAUGACAACAACUGAAGUGAACAUGGCUAGGCUUUACAAUUGGGAUGUCAAGAGAAGACAAGCCCUAAAUGCUAAAUAAUAAUUCUUUACAGCUAGCAUGAAAGAAAACUACUGCAAUUGUUCACAAUAAAAAAUUUUGCUUCAGAA